AUGUAUAUGAUGUAUAUCAAACAAAAGAUUGAAAAGUAUCAAAGAAUCCCUGUUUCCGAACAAACCCUUUUCUUCCAAGGCAAGGUUCUUCAAGACGAUCACGACAUCGAACAAUGUGCCAUCCUCAACAACUCCCAUCUACAGAUUAUCAGCUCUUGUCCGGGCACCUACCAACAGCGCAACAAUCAAGUGCUUAAAACCGAGCAAUCUCCACCGUCAAACUCAACAGAACAGAUCCUUAACGGUCAAGAUUUGCCUGUGAUGAUGCCUAGGACCAACAACAACACAACAAUAACCACCUUAAGAAGCUGA